CACAAUGGCGAGAACCAAGCAGACAGCACGUAAGUCCACUGGCGGCAAAGCCCCCAGGAAGCAGCUGGCCACAAAGGCCGCCCGUAAAAGCGCGCCAGCAACCGGCGGUGUGAAGAAACCUCACCGUUACAGGCCCGGCACCGUGGCUCUCAGGGAGAUCCGCCGGUACCAGAAGUCCACCGAGCUGCUGAUCCGCAAACUGCCCUUCCAGCGUCUGGUGAGGGAAAUCGCUCAAGACUUCAAAACGGACCUGCGCUUCCAGAGCUCGGCUGUCAUGGCGCUGCAGGAGUCCAGCGAGGCUUAUCUGGUGGGUCUGUUCGAGGACACCAACUUUAAUAUAUCUUACGUCAUGUCUGGAAGAGGCAAAGGAGGGAAGGGACUCGGCAAAGGUGGCGCCAAGAGGCACCGCAAAGUUCUCCGUGAUAACAUCCAGGGUAUCACCAAACCAGCGAUCCGUCGUCUGGCUCGUCGCGGCGGAGUCAAGCGAAUCUCCGGCCUGAUCUAUGAAGAGACUCGCGGUGUGUUGAAGGUUUUCUUGGAGAACGUCAUUCGUGACGCUGUCACUUACACGGAGCAUGCAAAGAGAAAGACCGUGACCGCCAUGGAUGUGGUCUAUGCACUCAAGCGGCAGGGACGUACCCUGUACGGCUUUGGAGGGUAAACAGAUCGCUUUCAAAUACUCAAAAUCAAAGGUCCUUUUAAGGGCCACCCACACCACUAAGAGUACAUGUCCUCACGCAAUUAUGCCUCAAAUAUAAUUCCAAUCAGUUAUUUUUACCUCAGCUCCUGUGGCAGUCAAUGUGCAUGAAUGUUUAACAAUGGAUCAGAAUAAAGGAUCCAAUAAGAAUAAAACAGGCCAU